AUGGGCCCAAUGGAAGUUUGGUCCUAUUCAGAAUUGCUUCCUUCAAUUCAACAGAGUAGAAACAGAUUAGGAGCAAAGGAUAACUCUGCCGGUCAGAAAAGGGUUGAACUGGUGGAGGGGCAAGAAGAAUUUGGCAAAAGGCUUCCCGUUAGAGGAACCUCCUUGGAACGUUAUUACAACAGAUGCAACUUCUUUUGGAUGGGGUGCGCACUUCAAUUCCACGUGGAAACAAGGGAAGUGGCCCCAGAAGAGAGUCGUCUACACUCAAAUUUAAGGGAGCUAAAUGCCAUUUCCAGUGCCAUCUUGGAAUCCCUUCCCUCCCCUACCCAUGAUACCCAGAUUCCUGCGGAAGGUUUGGACAGAAGGCAAAAAAGUAAUUGCCAAAAUCCUGAUAUGGCCUCGAAGGCCAUGGUUUCCUCUCUUAACCAUGAUGAGUCAGGAACGGCUUUUGCCUCUUCCAAUAAUGAAUGA